AUGAAUAUUUGUUAUAUUUUAAGAAUAUUAACACGAAAUUUACGUCUACGACGUGAUGAUAAAAUUGCUUUUAAUAUUCCAAUUUUCAUGGAUACAAAUACUCCUCGACCAUUUAUCGAAGAUUUUUCAAUUUAUGGUGAUAAUGCUGUUGUAAAUAAAACUGUUCCUGUUGAAGAUCAUAUUCAUCUUGAUGCAAUUGGUUUGGGUACAGGUUGUUCUUGUUUACAAGUUACUUUUCAAGCACAAUCAAUCGAUGAAGCACGACUUCUUUAUGAUCAAUUAAUACCAAUGACUCCAAUUAUGUUAGCACUGAGUGCAGCAUCACCAAUUUGGCGUGGAUAUUUAGCUGAAAUCGAUUGUCGAUGGAAUGUAUUAUGUGCAAUGUGCGAUGAUCGAACAGCAGAAGAACAAGGAUUUGAACCAUUAGAAAAUGCACAUUUUCGUAUUCCUAAAUCUCGUUAUUCAAGUGUUGAUUGUUACAUAUCACCUGACAGUGCAGUAUAUAAUGAUAUUGAAGUUGUUCAAGAUAUGGAUAUUUUUCAUAAACUUACGGAAAAUGGUAUUGAUCAUUUAUUAGCUCAACAUAUAGCACACAUAUUUAUUCGUGAUCCAUUAAUUUUAUUUGAAGAAAUGCUUCAUCUUGAUGAUACAAAAGAUACUGAUCUUUUUGAAAAUAUCAAUUCAACAAAUUGGCAAUCAAUGAGAUUUAAACCACCACCAGCUAAUAGUGAUAUUGGUUGGCGAGUAGAAUUUCGACCUUCAGAAUUACAAAUGACUGAUUUUGAAAAUGCUGCAUUAGUAACAUUUAUUGUUUUAUUAACACGUGCUAUACUAACAUAUAAUUUAAAUUUACUUAUUCCAAUAUCUAAUGUUGAAGAAAAUAUGCAAUUUGCACAAAAACGUGAUGCAAUUCGACGUGAAAAAUUUCAUUUUCGUAAAUUUCUUUCGACAAAACAAACACCUGAUACACCUUCUUUUAUUUCAAUUCAGAAAAAUAAUUCUAAAGAACUUGAACAUGAUAAAAAUGAAUGUGAACAUUGUUUUAUGACAAUCGAUGAAAUUAUUAAUGGAUCAAAUAAAUUUAUUGGUCUUUUAAAUAUUAUUCAAGAUUAUUUAUCAAAUAUUGACAUAGAUGCUGAUACACGAGAUACUAUUAAUCAAUAUUUGAAUUUAAUUAGUAAACGAGCUGCUGGUACAUUGAUGACUAAUGCAGCAUGGAUGCGACAUUUUGUAGCAAAUCAUCCAGCAUAUAAACAUGAUUCAGUUGUUACUGAUGAAAUAGCUUAUGAUCUUUUAUGGAAAAUGAAAAAAAUAGCAAAUGAUGAAGAGAAUUGUCCUGAAGUAGUACGAAGAAAAUCAUCGAAAACAACACUUGAUAUAUCAGCAGCAAUUGAAAAAGAUAUUAAUGAAAUAGAAAUGAAACGUUCAUUGAUUAAUGAUAAUCAACAACAAGAACAAUUAUCAUAA